AUGAAAACCCUCUCCAGUAGUUCCGACCUUCCGACGAAGAGCGUUAAAACACGGGAGGAUAGGCGAUUCUCCACGAGCUCAAGGCGAUUAUCGAACGAGAUGAUGGCAAUGCAUCACUCUUCUGUAGAAGUGUAUUAUGGUGGUGCACCGGUUGCUGUCCCAUUCAAAUGGGAAUCACAACCAGGUACACCUAGAGUGGGGUUUCACGAAACCCCACUUCCGCCGCUCACACCGCCACCAUCUUUUCUCUUCAACUCCCCCAAAACACCCAACAAGAAGACCUCAAAAUCCAAAGGAGGUAUUCUUCUUGCUGUCCUCCCUAGGUUCAGUAGAAAAACCCACAAUUCUCCUGCUUCACCGGCUUCUUCAGAAUCAUCUUCUUUGUUCUCCACUUGGUCAUAUUCAGAUUCUGCAUCAUCUCCAUAUACCCCCAACAACCACAGGCAAAGCCAUAAGAAAUCAUUUGAAGAUCAAGAUCGGCACAAAUCACCAGUUUCAACUCUAAUUUGUUUCCGUAUCAGGCGUAGUAAAUAG